AUGAGCCACGUCCCCGACUCCGUUGUCAAAACUCUCCCCAAAAAGCCCCUCAACGCCUACUUCAAGUUCAGAGGGGAACGCCUCACCCACUACAAGGACGACGAGGACCGCGUUAAAAAGGUCAAGGACGAGUGGGACACCAUGGACGCCAAGGAGCGCGCCAAACUCGAAGCUGAGUACAAGGAGAGUCUCGAGGACUAUAAGAAGGAAAUGGAGCUCUGGAAGGCGAAGCACGGAGUGAGCGACGAGGAUCUGAAGGCAAUCAAGGGGAAGGACAAGGAGAACAAGAAGGCGGAGAAGUCCAAAGGCAGCAAAAGAGGCCCCACCUACAAGCAGGAUUUGGAGGCCGGCUACAACAAGGAGCUCGAGGCCUGGAAGGCUAGCGUCAAGAAGUGGCUGGAGGAGAACAAGUACGAGCUGUCCAUCGACCAGUUCCUCGCCCUCUACAAGAAGGACGCCAAGGCCAAGAAGAACAAGAAGUACGAGUCCGAAGACGACUGA